AUGACCAUCCCUGACAGUCAGAUGCCUGUUAAAGAGCAGUUGGGAGAUGGCUCUGUGUGUGGGCUUUUAAUUACUAAGGGCUGCGAUUAUCUUGUGUCCUCACAGCAUCGUAACCAGCUGCCUUCAACAGAGUUACAGGGCAAGAGCCCAGAGGAUGUUGAUCAUGCAGAUGGAAAAGAACAAGUUAGUACCCUGUAUCAGAACAUCAACCUUGUGGAGCCAAGACUGAUUCAGCCAUAUGAACAUGUUAUAAAGAACUUCAUCCGUGAGAUCAAACUCCAAAGCACAGAAAUGGAAAACCUGGCCAUUGCAGUGAAGAGAGCCCAGGACAAGGCAGCCAUGCAGUUGAGUGAGUUGGAGGAGGAAAUGGAUCAGAGGAUUCAGGCUGCAGAACAUAAGACGCGGAAAGACGAAAAACGCAAAGCUGAGGAAGCCCUCAGUGACCUCAGACGUCAGUAUGAAACCGAAGUAGGAGAUCUGCAGGUGACCAUAAAAAAGCUUAAAAAGCUCGAAGAACAAUCAAAACACGUAAGUCAAAAGGAAGAUGUGGUUGCACUGAAGAAGCAAAUUUAUGAUUUAUCGAUGGAAAAUCAGAAAGUUAAGAAAGAUCUUUUAGAAGCACAGACAAACAUAGCCUUCCUUCAGAGUGAACUAGAUGCUUUGAAAAGUGAUUAUGCUGAUCAGAGUCUGAAUUCUGAAAGGGAUCUGGAAAUAAUCCGAGAGUACACAGAAGAUCGAAAUAGUCUUGAGAGGCAAAUCGAAAUACUCCAAACAGCUAACCGGAAGCUGCAUGACAGUAACGACGGCCUUAGGAGUGCCCUUGAAAACAGUUACAGCAAAUUCAACAGAUCCUUGCGCAUAAAUAAUAUAUCCCCAGGGAAUACAAUUACUAGAAGCAGUCCCAGAUUCAAUGGUCAUUCUCCUCAAACUCCGGGCUAUGACAGGUCAUUUCGCUCUUCCUACGUGGAUGAGGACUGCGACUCCUUGGCUCUCUGUGAUCCUAUGCAGAGGAUGAAUUGUGAAGUUGACAGCCUGCCCGAGAGCUGCUUUGACAGUGGCUUGUCUACCCUGAGAGAUUCCAACGAGUAUGACUCGGAGGUGGAAUGCAACAAGCUCCAGAGGGGGUUUCAGAGGACACACGGGGCUCAGGAGAGCUUUGGGGACAAUGCUUCAGACACAGAUGUUCCUGAUAUAAGGGAUGAAGAGACCUAUGGUUCGGAGGGGGUGGCUUCAGUCUUAGACUGGAAGCCCCAGGGCUCUGUUAGCGAAGGCAGCAUUGUUAGUUCAUCAAGAAAGCCCAUCUCGGCACUUUCUGCCCAGACAGACCUAGUGGAUGACGACCAUAAAUCUUCUAGCUCACAGAAGACUUACAAGAUUGUGCUUGCUGGGGAUGCGGCAGUGGGGAAGUCUAGUUUCCUCAUGAGGCUUUGUAAGAAUGAAUUUCGAGGAAAUACAAGCGCCACGCUGGGAGUUGAUUUCCAAAUGAAAACCCUCAUUGUGGAUGGAGAGCGAACAGUGCUGCAGCUCUGGGACACGGCUGGCCAGGAGAGAUUCAGAAGUAUUGCCAAGUCUUACUUCAGAAGAGCAGAUGGUGUUUUGCUGCUGUAUGAUGUUACGUGUGAGAAAAGCUUCCUGAAUGUACGAGAAUGGGUAGAUAUGAUUGAGGAUGCAAGCGAUGCAACUAUUCCUAUCAUGUUGGUAGGAAACAAGGCUGAUCUUCGUGACUCUGCUGCUGCAGAUGGACAACAAUGUGUCUCAGGAUUCUUUGGAGAAAAAUUGGCCAUGACCUAUGGAGCAUUAUUCUGUGAAACAAGUGCCAAAGAUGGUUCCAAUGUUGUGGAAGCUGUUCUCCACCUUGCUCGAGAAGUGAAGAAAAGAACUGACGAGGAUGACAGCAAAUCCAUUACCAAUCUGACUGGGAACAGUUCCAAAAAGUCAACACAGAUGAAGAAUUGUUGCAAUGGUUAAAUCCCAAGCAUCUUCGGCCUGGGAAGCCUUCAUUUCCCGAAUACUGAGGUUGUAUGACUUGUUUGGUUCUUAACAGAGUGGUGCAUCCGAUGAAACUGUCAUAUGGAGGGUUACAGAGCAGAAAUCUGAACAGUUCUCUCGGGUCCCUCCAGAACCUCAGCUCUUCUUUGCUAUAUCUCAAAGAGCAACUUGGCCUUCCGGUUGAAUAGACUUGUCUUUCUUUCCAGGUCUUAAAAGAUAACAUGUAAAUGUUUUUAAAGUGAUAAAAAAAAUCACAUGUUCAACGCUAUAGAAGAAACUCAACUGAUAUAAUUAGAUUGAUGUGGUAGCUGACUUCGUAGGUAACCUAGGAUAAUGUUUACUUAGAAUAUUUGCUACUAGAGUCCUAGUGAAAGGAGGUUCUCAUCCGAGCUUUGUUGUUAACUAGCUUUGUGAUCUUGGACACGUUGCCAGCCCAUGUCAGAUCUUUUGCUCAUCCGUAAAACCAGCAGCUCAGCCUUUCAGGCCUUGGCACCUCGCAGAUCCUGAAGCCUUUUAACCAGUAGUAGGGAGAGCGCAAUGACCAUUGACCCGUAGUUAAAAAGGACUCUGGCUAUUCUUGCUUUUUUAACUUUGGGGUGUUGAUGUUUAUCGCUUCUGCAAUAAGAACAGAAUGUAAUUGAGAAAAAAACGGAAACAAACAUCUAUUUUUUUAAUAUAUAAAGAAAACAUACUUGAGACAAAAAUAUUCAUAUAUAAAAGAAAGUAUUUCAUAAUCUGAGAAUACUUACAAAGUCUGUGGUUUAAAUUUAGUGUUAAAAAUGCUAAUGAAAAUAUGUAAAACCACAUACUACUGAAAAUACAAUGCCCAGGAAAGUUGUCACUCGUCACUUAAGAAAAUACACCAGCGAGCGGCUGCCAGGGGCUGAGGAAAGAGAGGAACUGCUAAUGGGCAUGUGGUUUCUUUUGGGGAUGUUGACAAUGUCCUGGAAUCAGAAUAGUGGUAAUGGUUGUGUAACUUUCUGAAUAUAUUAAGAACCACUGAAUUGUAUACUUUGAAGGGGUGAAUUUUAUGGUAUGUGAAUUACAUCUUAUUAAAAAAUGUACUGGCACUUAGAGUGAUUUAACAUUUUGCCAAAUGAAACUAUUCAUGCUUAUUUCAAACCUUCCCAUGGCUUAAAAGCAUAAUCUGUAAUAUAAUGCAAAUCUCCUAACUCCCUGGUUGCGAGAAUUAACUUCCUUAAAUAAUGAGCAAUGAAAGAAAUACUGUGCAUGGUUUUGGAAAAUAAUGUCUUGGAAAGAGGAAUUGUUAUUAAGAAAGGUAAGUCAUAGUCCUUUGUUUAAUGUGACCAGUGACUCAUCAUCACCAAUGACCUGUUGGUCCUGCUCUCCUUCUAUAACCUGCAGUGCCUCCCAAAUUUUCCCUCUGAAAUGUCUCUAAGAGCCAGAGAAGUCAGCACCUGCCCCCACGGUGGGCCAAUGAUGCCUAGCUUUCAGUGGCCCAAACCAGUUAAGUUAUUGCAACAAAAGAGAUUUGAAUUUGCCUUGGUUCACAUAGGUGUAGACCCCAGGUAACUUGCUAAAGAACUUAAAUUAUAGCUGUUAUUUAUUGUAUUAUAUUAAUAUAAGCUAAAAACAUUUAUUUUUGUUGAAUUAAAACAAUUCCAUUUAGCAAUCUUUUUCCUGUUUAUGAUUUUUGUGAUCAAACCGUAAAUUCCCCAAGCUUCAUUUUUUUAGGAAUGAUUAUAAAUAACAAAGAUUACAAAUAACUACAACAUCAUUUAGGUUUGAAAAACAUGCCUUCUCCUGUUGAAGACAUCUAAUAUUUUUACUAGACAGUUGGAUCUAUCCUCAGUAAUUCUACCAUGAAUUCCUCUUUCGUGUUUCAUGGGUUUUGGUCCCAGAAAAAAAAGAUUACAUUUCUGAUCAAAAAGAAUGCCUUGUUUGUGGGGAAUUGUCAAAAUAAACAGGGCGAGGGGGUAUUAUAUUUGUGGCAUGGUGAGACAAGAGCUGUGCCAUUGCUGUCUGCCUCGUGUCAUCUCUUGAGCUCACGUGAGAUUGAACUUGAUACAUAUGUGUUGAUGUAUGAGACACAUGUUUGAGUUUUGGUGCAUUUGCACAAAACCGUGUUAGUGUUUGUGUUAUCAUGUUACCCUUAUUUAUUUACUCCAAAGUGUCUCUUUAUAUUUAUCUUACAAUCUGUAAAUAAGAAUAUGCUUUUAAUACAGAAGUAUGAUCUUGGUGUUUGCCUCCGGAUUGUACACCCAAGUUCAUUAGGAGAUUACACAGGUGCCUUUUAUAGACAAAUCAAUCAUCUUUAUUCGAGCCCAGAUAAAUAUUUUGGUCACAUAAUCCAAAUUAGAGACUUAGAGCUCUGGUUUGCAAUCUGGUUUAAAGAAAAGCUACUUAAAGCUCUUUUAGCUGCAUUGCUGGGAGAUCAUGAUUGUUUUCAACAUUUUAAAUUCAUGAAGUAUUCUCAAAUUUAAAGUGUAUUUUUGGUAAGGACAAAAAUAUUUAAUGUUUUUAACUUAGACGUGACACAUUUUCAUAUUUGUAGGGCAAUUACACACCUCUCUGGUUUUCCUUUGAGAGCUUUUAAAAUCACAGUUACACUGCACUCCUUUUUUUGUUUUUAAUGUAUCCUGGUACAUUGGAAAAUAUUUUAAUUUCAUUAUGGAAAAUAAUGUUGGAUAAGGAGACAUUUUUCACUAUUAACCUUUAGCCCCGUGCAUUUUCGUAAUUUAUUUUUUCUACUUGAUGCUUUAUAUGACAUAUGUGACAUUUGAUUAUUUAAUACUGGAUGUGAUUUGCAUAAACCCAGUUGAGCAACCCUCCUGCUGAAGAUAAAAUUGAGGUUAAAGAUAAAGAUUUAUUUUCAUAUUUGUACAGUGAUCGGCUUCGGAGUGAUAGUUUUUGUGGGCUUUUAUUGUGUGAGUGUGAAAGAAAUUUCAUGUGUAUAUAUUAAGUAGGCCUCUGAGUAUUGAAUAAUUGUUUUAUGAUUUUGAUUUAUAUGGUUUACAUUUUCAUAGUAUGGGCCAUAUUUCGUUUAUACUGUUUAUUUCUCUUCAAACCAUUAAUAAUUAUACCAUAAAGUGUAAUUUUUAUAGCAAUGCAAAUGUCUAAGGAACUACAAAUAUUUUCUGUGUUGUAAAUUCAAUAAAGCUUGCUUCCUUUGGCCUUUU